AUGGAAAUGGAGAAGCGUCAGGGCGAGAGCAUGAACCCACCUCCGCGUCUAGCGUGUCAGCAGUGCAAGUCACGAAAGAUCAAAUGCGACAAAGGCGCUCCAUGUUCAGCUUGCCGGAACUCAGGCCUCAGUUGCCAUGCUGUGCAACGGGCGCGUCUACCCCGUGGCAAGACGGCAAAGGGAUCGGCUUCGAAUAGGGACCUUGCGGCACGCGUCGCACGAAUAGAGAUCCUCCUGGAGCAGCAGUCCAAGCAAACAGCAAUUCAGGGUACCACAUCAGAUCAAGCUCCAGUUACUGGCAAUUUGAGAAACGAUGGGCUUGUGGGUGUAACUAGUGAGAAGAUCGCUGACUUCGUAGCGCCGGAUUUCUGGAGUGCCCUCUCCAGCGAAGUUCACGGGUUGCGAGAGGCAUUAGAGGAUGACGCUGAAGAUGAAGCAAAUACACAUGACGUUGAGCUCACAGCCAAGGCUGCCGGAGACACAUGCUCGACAAACGCGAUACUAUUUCCUCAAUGGUCAAAGAGCUAUGCCAAUCCCUAUGAUGAUCCCCCGCCGGACGUACGAGAAACACUGCUUCAUCUAUACCAUUAUCGAGUAGACAGUGUAUAUAAGAUGACUCACUGGCCAACGGUGUUAUCAGUCAUCAGAGCAAGUCAUACGCAGCCUCAGGAUGUCUCGCCUCCUUUCUCCGCGCCAAAAGAGAUGGGCUUGGGCGUAAGAUCAGAUAUGCUUCAACACUAUCGCUCUGCUGUAGAGGAAUUGCUUGUCCGAUCGAACCUACUACAAAGCCCAGACGUCUUUACACUACAAACUUUCGUAGUGUAUCUUGUAGGAUUAAGAACAUGCUGUAGCGGCGCCUACACAUGGACGCUUGUUGCGGUUGCCGUGCGUGCUGCUACACUGUUGAGACUUGGAGAGGAAGACCCAAAAGACUUUUCGCCAUUCGAUCUCCAAUUACGUCAGCGCUUAUUCUUUGCGAUCGGGAUCCUUGAUACCCAUUCGGCCUUAGAUCGCGGUACGAUCCCUAUCCUGCCUUCUACCUCCUUCCGAGCACCUCCACUAAACAUCAACGAUGAUGAUAUGCACCCAACAGACAAGGCAAUUCAACCCUCCCUGCAGUAUCCUACCGACAUGUCGCAUACUGCCAUGAUCUAUGAAGCAAUGAUAUGUCAACGGAGAUUGUACGAGAUCUCAGAUGGCGUCCAAAAUGGAUGGGAACAGUGGACUAAGAAGGUCGAGCUGCUAAACGAAUUUAAGACGUCUAUCCUGAGCGAAAGAACCAAUAUUCAUAGCUAUGAUAGCCCGCUGGAGAUGCUCCGAAGAAUGUCAGCUCAAAAGAUUAUCGUCAGUAUGCAACUCCUGGCUCGAAGACCACCCUAUAGACAACCACACAAUAUUGUCCCUCCGUGGGAUGACUUCGAUAUCAUGAAAUCCGCGACCGAGGUCCUCGAGCAGCACCUCCAGCCUAUUCCGGUCGAGCUCCAGCCUUGGGCUUGGAAGAACUGGGUGCAAUGGCAUGCACUUGCGGUCUUGCUUGCGGAACUGAUGUUUCCGGCAUUAUGCGCGACUAGUAGCGGAUUCAGAGUCUGGACUGCUGUGGAAGCCCAUCGCGAAGCUAAUGCGACGGGUACAGAGAUUGAGACAGACUCCAGAUACUGCUGGGAACAAGAAUCUCGCGAUCGGAACAGAGACGGUUUUUACUGUACCGAUUGUGACAGAGCAGACCUGCUCUUCUACCUCCAACAAUGA